AUGCCCUUCACGCGCCAGCGACGGGGAAGGCGAGAUGCCGAGAACUGGAGCUGGAAGGAGGGCUACGGGAGGGAGGGCUCGUACGCAGCUCCAGGCGACUCAUGGCAGGCCGGAGGCCUCCCACGUGGAAGAUGCAGACGACCAGGCUCGAAAACGUCCUCCAUGGCUUCGAGUGGCGAUGGCGAGCGUGGCGCCGUGAAGGCCGUGGGCGAGACCACGGAGAAGAAGGGCGGCAAGAUCUCGAACACCUACCCCCCGGUGUUUAAGGCGAAGCCACAGGAAAGCUACUUGGAGUGGAAGAGGAGCGUUGAGUUCUGGAUUGGCGGCGAAGGAGGCCAGUUGCCGCCUGAGCUGGUUGGACCAAGGAUGAUGGUUCAACUCAAGGAGCGGGCCGCCCAGCUUGUCAAGCACCUCUGCAACAGCGAUGUGAAUGGCUGUGAUGGUAAGGAGAUCAUCUUCAAGGCGCUGGAGAGGUCACCUUUGAUUCGGCAACUCGACAAGCGCCGCGUUGAUGAGCACCGGCGCCGCUUGAUGCAGCUCAACCGGGCACCAGGUGAGUCCAUGGAGUCCUAUGUGACGCGGGCCUCCAUCUACAGGACCCACCUCCUUGGCCUCGACGGCAGCAUGGCGAUGGGGGAGGCCUUCUACGUCGGACACUUAGUGGAUCAUGCGCACUUGACUCGCCGUGAUCAGGCGAUGGUGAAGACAAAGGCCGGCAGCGAGAAGGACGAAUAUGCGGUCACCAAUGCCCUGAUCGAGUUGGCCUCCGAGCUGGAAGGUGAGCAGGGCUACCCCAUUGGAGCGUCCGAGCCAAACGCGGCCCGCAAUGGCGAGGAGUGGUUGCUUCAGCGUGGAGACCUUCGUGGGCGACCUGGAGCUAACAAGCUGCCGAGAGCGGCUUUGGCGGCGGAGGCCAUCGACGGCGACACGACCACGGACUAUGACGAGCCCGGGGAUGAGUCGCUGGACGAGGAUGACUACCCCCCUGAAUUGGAAGCUGCGGUCAACGAGGCCUAUGGCACCCAAUUCCGAGCCAAGCAGAAGAUCGCGGAGGUCAAGAAGUUGAGGCAACACUACCGCAAGCCGGAGUCAGAGGAGCGCAAGAAGGCCCUUGCGGAGCAGAUGAAGAGGAACCCUUGCCAUGCUUGCGGCCAGUGCGGCCACUGGUCCAGAGAAUGCCCCAACAGAGGCAACGCCGUGCUGGGGGUGAGCAAGGGUGGAGCAGCUGCUGCGCCGGUCCUGGCGGCUCGGGCCAGCGGCGGCCGACUGGAGCCUAUCGACGAGAGGAAGGCGGAGAGAAGUGAGUGGGAUCUUUUGCUUUCGAUGUGCCGGUCGGGAAUGAACCCAGCCUUGGCAGCUCAGUCUUCAGCAGAGCGCGUGCGACCCUCAUUCCAGUACAAGGGGGUUUCAGGAGUGCACCGGGUUUUUGGAGCAGUAGCCGCCGCCUUGAGUGAAGUCAUGUGGUCCAUGAAGGAGCUGGCUUUCAAAGUUAUUUUGGACAUAGGUUGCGUGCGGUCCGUGGCGGGUCUUGAGUGGACUAACAGUCUGUUGAGGAGGUGGCAGUCGGAAGGCAGGUGGUGCAGAGUCUUUGAGGAACAUGAAGCCUUUAAGUUCGGAGAUGGGGAGGUUUUGUGGAGCAAGUUUCGUGUCGAGUUCUUGGGCACCUUCGCUGGCAAGCCGGUGGUGUAUGAUUUCAGCGUGGUCGAGGGUUGUUGUCCUCCACUGUUUUCGAGAUCGGGAUGUACUCAGAUUGGGGCGGUCAUAGACUGUGAGCAUCACUGUGUCAGUGCGGGGAAGCUGGGGGUGAAGCUGUACGGUGUAGGUCGGGAUAGUGGCCAUUACACCAUGGCAGUUGAUGAGUGUGAGCCCGGCUUUGCAGUGCUGCCUGGAGAUUACCGUUUGCCAGCAGGUCGAGACAUUGAAGCGGUGGAUCCUCAGAUUUUCAGUGCUCAGAUGUCUUGCCCCUCCCCUGGCAAUCACCCGACACGCAAUGUCUGUGCCUCCGAAUCCUCCUCUAUGAGCGGCCAAGCCCAAGAGGCGACCGGCGACCACUUCCUCGACACCUUCGACUACGGAGACCCCGGGGACCUCUUCGACGGCAACGCCCGAUGUCCCCGACAUUCCAGGCCUGACUCCGGAGGAGGCGGCUUUGAUCGGCAAGAGGCGCGAGAAGCAGAGGGCCAGCAAGGCCAAAGCUCAGGAGGUGAAGGCCUUGACGGGCCAGCGCGCGGAUUAUCCAUCCUUGAGCAACCUCUGGAGCUACGAGCUGGGCCUGAACAUUGCGGCGUCGACGACAAGCCGAAUGAGGACUUGGUGCUGGAAGAAGAUGGUCUGGAUGGUCCGGAUCAAGAAGGUGGUCGAGAAAGAGGGCGAUCGGCGCUGGAAGAGGAACCCUCGAUGGCUGAACCAGCUCUUGGGCAAGGAGGUGGCGUUCCUCUUCGGCCACUUCGGGGCGAUGAGGCAGAAGCUGCAGGCUCCCGAGAUGCUGCGGAUGAUGUGAGGGUUCGACGCUUGAACCGCGGUGAUGUGCAGCGGCUGAAGGCGGGAGUGAAGUCAGCUUUGGCAACUCUGGAGGUCUUUGAUCGAGCCAGAGGUGACGAUGGCAAGUGGGUGCUCCUGGAGGUGUUUGCCGGCAAGUCACGGCUAACUUCCUGUACUCAUCCCCGAUGGAAGGCCCUUGAACCCAUCGACAUCCUGAACGGCUGGGACUUGACCCAGGAGACCAAGCGCAAGGAGCUGCUUGAGUUGAUUGACACCACCAAGCCCGACCUCGUGACAUUGGCGCCUCCCUGCGGUCCGUGGAGUUCUUGGACUCAGUUGUGUAAGGACUUGGAGGCGUUGAUGGAGAAGAGGCGGCUUCAUCUCCCCUUCUGGAAGCUGUCGGGGGACAUUUGGCGCCGACAAUGUGAAGAAAGACGCUUGUUGUUGUUGGAGCAACCGGCUCGCUCUGAAGCCCUCAAGUUGCAGUACAUGACCUCGCGGCCAGACGUGGUCAAGGCCGUGGUGGCGCAGUGUGCUUUUGGGCUGAAGGACCUGGAGAGUGGCAAGCCGCACCAGAAGCUCACCUCCUUGCACGUCAACUGCUCAGUGAUGGCUGCUCGGCUUCUUGGUGGGGCUUACUGCAAGUGUGGACCAGGUGAGCACCAGCCCAUUGAGGGGAGCCGGACGGUGCCUCCCUCUUCUUCCUCCUGGUCCUUGGUGGCGGCAACUGGUGGCCACAGCUGGGAGACAGUGCCGGUCAGCAGUGCAUCUUUUCCUGAGGAAGCCUUGCGGCAGCAGAUGAACGAGAACGCCAUGACCGGGGAACGCUACGACUAUGUGGUGAAGCAGCUCAGCAACCUCGGCGCCUCAGGGAUGUUCAUCCUGAGUGGGGCUCAGAACAACGUGGUGGAGUUGGCGCGGAAGCUGCGCUGCCAAGUGUGUUCUAUGGUACGCCCGCCAGGUCCUACCCCUCAGGUCGCCUACCAGAAGCCCAAGCAGUUCAAUGAGCGAAUCUCGGGCGACUCCUUCUACAUCUGGGAUGCCACGAACAAGAAGUUCUUGGUGACGCACUUCAUUGACGGGUUGACCGACUACCAUGUGGGCGACCUCACGGAUACCGCGGCUUCGGGCUUUGCGAAGGAGGUUCUGCAGGAUCUGUGGUACGCUGUCUUCGGCCCCCCGGACGUCCUCAUUGGAAGAGAUGAGGCGGGCUGCUUUGGCCGCAACAGUAUGCUGCCUGCCUCCUUGAUGGAACAGCUGGCCAGUGGGAGAGUGAGGUUCCGCUACAACGAUGAGCUGACCCACAACGACGCCCUCGCUCGCGCUGAGAGGAUACGUGCCGGGGCCAUUGCUGCGUUUCAUUGGUUAGAUGCACACACUGCUCUACGCAAAGCUCUGUCCUCAAGGUCCCGACCACCCGCUCUUGAGGCGAUCAAGGAGGGGACCGUCGUGUACAUGUACGAACCACCUCCUUCUCGAAGAGGCUUGGCACGUUGCUUGCCGGACAACUCCGGCUGGACAGGACCAGGCGUUGUGGUGUGCGUUGAGCGGGACCACUCCAUCCCUCGCAGGCUUUGGGUCCGGAUUCGUGGACGAGUCAAGGCCUUUCCCCUCGAGAAGGUGCGCCUGGCCACCCCAGACGACGAGAUGACCAGCUCCCAGUUCAUCACGGACGCCCUCAAGGACAUGGAGGCAAGCUUGAAUAAGGGGAACGGAAGCCAAGACCAACCUGCUGGAUCCUCCUCUCAGGCCAAGCGACGCAAGGUCAUCGUUGACUUUGAGGAGGGGAGCGCCGAGGACAGCUCGACGGACAGCAGUGCCGAUGGCUCCGAGGUGGAUGAGGAGGCCGAUGCCAAGGAACGCCGGGCCAAGCUUCUUGAAGAUGUCCCUUGUUCGGUUCAGCGCAACUUGGCCGAACGGCGGAAGCGUGAGGAGGAAGCGACCAUGGAUCCCCAUGCCCUGGACUUCGCCAAGAAGCAGAAGAUGUUUGAGUCGCUCUCCAAGACUUGCGGUGCCCCGACCAAGCUGCAGGAGGGCGAGUUGCGCAACCGCAUGGAGCAGGCCUAUGCCAAGGUUCGUUCGGUGCGGAAGGUCAUCCGCCGCAAGGGCAAGGAUGAGCAGCAGAAGCAAGGUCGCCAAGCUCGUGGACAAGGAGGCGGCAGAGCUUCGCAGGUUGCUACUGUGGAUGUGCUGGCAGCGACAGGCGAUGUCCUCAUUCCCUACUUCAAGCCUGGCGAGUUCGAGGCGCUGAUCAAUGACACCAUUGGGCAGUGGACUUUGUGGACGGGGGCCUCGCUUUGGUCUGGCGCAUCCGAGAUCUACGAGGUGAGCGCCACUUUGCACCGCGCCGAGAUGGAGGGUGUCACGGAGGUGGUUACCGGCCGGGCACGGGCUGAAUACCAGUGGUCCAAGUUGGAUGAUGAGUGGCGUCGCGGCUACAUCGAGCCGCUCAAGAAGGCCAUUGGCGUCUACCUCGAGCACAGCGGCAUCAAAGGCGUUCCCAAGGGCCAGAUGGUGGACCCUGCCCGGGUGUUGGGCUCGAGGUUCGUCCUUACCAACAAGGGCGGGCCUACGCUCUCCGAUGCGGAGUUGAAGGCCAGGUGGAUCUUCGGUGGACACCGCGAUCCGGAUGCUGGCUUGUAUGACACGUCAUCACCGACAGCGAGCAUCUUGGGUCACAACUUGAUCAACUUUGUCGCGGUGCAAGAAAACUGGGAGGUUCACUUCGAGGAUGUGAGCGCAGCCUUUCUUCAAGGAAAAGAGCUCCCAAGAAAGGAGCGGAUCUAUGUCAAGGUGCCUCGUGCAUAUCCCCAGGAGAUCAUUGACUACUUGGUCUCCGAGCUUGGCAGCGAUGUGCGUGAUGAUUUGGUCGAAUUGCCCAAAGGCGGUUUUGGUUUGCCUGAAAGUCCCCGGCUUUGGUACCUGGAGUACAAGGACACCAUCCAGGACCUCGGGCUCUACGAGAUGAGUUUGCUUCCUGGAGUUUUUCGAGCCUUUCACCCUCCUCCUCGCAGAAGAGUUCGGGCGAUGGCGAGCAUCCAUGUUGAUGAUACGAGGUAUGCCGGGGACGAGACGGCCCAAGUGAUCUGGGAUCAGCUUCGUGCGAGGCUGAAGUUUGGGAAGCAGCGGAAGGCCACAGAUGGUUGGGUCAAGUUUUGUGGGCGCUGGGAACGUCAAGAUCCCGAUACCCUGGAGAUGGAGUACUCGAUGGAUGAGUACAUCAAGGGUAUCCCCUUGGCUCGCACACGGCCUUCGGCCCUGUCUUCUUCGGCGUCUACAGCAUCCACCACUGCUUCUUCCACGACCCCCAGGUCUUCUCCUUUGGCAAGUCCACCGGAUGGCUCGGGUACUCAGUGUACGGCGGCGUCUACAGCAUCCACCGCUGCUUCUUGCGCGACCCCCAGGUCUUCUCCCUUGGCGAGUUCACCGGAUGGACCAUCAUCCCAAGACGGUGUUUGGAUAGAUGGGCCAGCUGAACAAGACUCCGACCUGUGGGGCUACUUGCAAGAGCGCGUAGGGCAAUUGCCAGCAAAUGUGGUGCCUCUCACGGAUGCGGAGAAGAAGGUCAUCAGCUCCAUCGUGGGACAACGCAACUGGGCAGCUCGUCAGGGCCGCUACGACUUGGCGUAUGUGGCUUCCUUGGUGCAACAGCUUGCGGGCCGCGGAAGACCGGAGGCUUUGAAGUGGCUCAACUUGGCGGUGAAGCGCGCUCGUGAGCCCUUGAACUUCCGGGUGAGGAACUUCGGCUGUUUCUUGGAGGACAUGAUCCUCAUCUCUGUGAGCGAUGCUGCCUAUGGAGCCAUGCCGGGAGGCCAUAGCCAAGGGGGCAAUCUGGUGAUGAUGGGUCACCCGAAGGUCCUGAAUGGUCGCGGCCCAGUGUGCAUUUUGGAAGGCAACAGCACCAAAGUUCAUCGUGUGGUUCGGUGCUCGAUGUCGGCAGAGAUCUCCUCGUUGGCGACUGCGUAUGAGCACGGUCCAACGAUGGAGGGCUCAUGUGGCCCAAUGGAGACAGUCCUUGCCACGGACGCCAAGACAGGGUAUGACGCUGUGUCGAGCGAGACUUUGCCAAGCGACCGGAAGAUUGCGGUGGAUGUGGCAGUUCUUCGUCAAGCUGUGUUGGAGGCAGAUGUGGGCUGCUUCAUCCGCUGGGUCCCGGGGUCCGAGAUUGUGGGGGACGGCCUCACGAAAUGGGGUCACAACAAAGUGCUGUGCAAGGUCAUCGCCGAAGGCGAAUGGGCGCUCGCGGAUAAUGAAGAAGCUAGGGAGCUUCGCCGUCUGGCUGCUGUAAAGAAAGCUCUGUGGCGGAAGA